AUGAAUUUAAUUGAAUAUAUCAAGUAAUGCAAAGAAUUGUAAAUCAAAAGAGUUGAAGCUGAUAUCCAUCACUUCAACAAAAAGAUAAAUGAUGCAUCUACACAUAAAUUGUUUGAGAAACUAAGUACAGGUGUCUAAACUUUGCCAUAUUUGGAUCAAACUUAAAAGACUGAAAUGUAGAGAGAACUUAAAAGAUUAUAGAAAAUAAUGGAUGAUAUCUCCUCAAAAUAAUGUGUAUUUAAUAUCCAUAUCAAUAAAUAUGCUGAUAUUCAAUGCAAGAAGACAUUUUCUUCAGCUUUAGAAUUAUAAUAUGCAGGUUAAUAAUUAUUGUUGAGUACAUUCUGUAAUCACAAAACUUAACAGCAAUCGUUUCUUACUAAAUACAAAGCGUUAAUAUCCUAUAUCCCUUUUUGGGAACAUGCUUAAUAAUUAGAAUCUAAAUAUAAUCUAAUUGAUAUAGAUUUCAAUUAAGUUUAAUCUAUGUUGGAUUAAUUGAAAUUAAGUUAUCGUAAUCUUAAAAAAGAGCCAGAAAAAAUCUAGAAAUUAUUUAAAGAGGCUGAAACAUAAACCAAAUAACUUGAAGUCGUCUAUAAGGAAAAGGAAAUUAUUAAAGAAAUUUAUAAAGAUAAUCCAUAAUAACAGUUACAAAUUGAAGAGUUGAAAAAAUAAAUUAUUUAAUUAAAAGAGGAGAUUUCUAAUUUAAAGGAUUAAAACUAAUUACUAUAAGCACAUGAAUUAACUUAUGGAAUUAAUUGUCUUUAAGAUAUUUAAGCAGGAAUUCAAAUGUAUAUACAAAUUAAUAAUGUUGAUGCCAAGAAUGCUUUAGCUUAAUUAUAUUAAUAAGGUAAAUUGAUUGCUUAGAAUAUUAAAUUGGCUAGAUAAAUUUAUAAAUAAAAUAUAAAUUACUAAAGUUUAUAGGCUACAUUUUAAUAUGGUAAAAUAGAAUUGAUUAAUAAAUAAAAAAUUUAGAAAGGGAUUUAAUAUAUCAAAUAAGCAGCUGAUUAAGGACACAUAGAAGCUUCUCUUGAUCUAGCUAUUUUGUAUUAUUAAGGAGUUAAUUAAAAUAAUGAAUAGAUAUUACCAAAGAAUCUAUAGUCGGCUUUAAAAUAUGUUGCUAAAGGUUAACAUACUAGCAGAGGAAUAUGUGAUUUAGGUAUAAUAGAGACAGACAGUCAAAAAAGUAUCAAUUACUUAAAUGAAGCUAUUGCUAAAGGAUAUUUUCAUGCAUAUUACUAUUUAGGAUUACAUUAUAUAUAAGAUCAAUAAAAAGAAUAAGGUUUGUCUUUUUUAUUGUAAGGAGCCUUAAAUUAAGAUUUAGGUUGUGUAGAAGAACUUUAUUAAUAUUUGUAUGAGGAUGCCUUACAUUCUAACAAUUUACUAAAAUUUAAAGAUUAUUUAUAACUCUUGGCAGUAACUAAAUAAAGUAGUGAAGCUUACUAUUAUUUGGCUUUAUGUAGCUAUAAUAAUCUUGAACUUUAAUAAGCCUACUAUUAAUUAGGUUCUAAAUUAAAUAAUUAAAAAUGUCAAGCAAAAUUAUAGGAAAUCAAAAAUGAUAUCUCCAUUUAUUCUUAGAUUGUUGAAAAUGGUUAAAAUCAAGCUUUGUUUCAAUUGGGUUAACAUUAUGAAUAGUAAGGCAAAUACCUUAAUGCGAUUGAUUAUUAUAAACAAUCAAAAACAUAAUAGUCUUACAAUCGUAUAAGUUAGAUAUACUAAACUUAAUUAUAAAAUGAAACUUUAGCAAAGGAAUAUGAAUAACUUGCAUUUGUAAGUCCUCGUUUUGAUAGUGAUAAUGAAAUAGCAUAAUCGUUAAUUAUUACAUAGAGUAAAUCUUGA